GACACUAGGUCACUGACACGCCUCCAUCCAGCACAAUCAGAAAGGCUCCAGAUGAAAUAAUGAGAAUAACCUUUUAAACAUCAGCCCUGUAGAUUUUACCUCCACCAGACAGGAUCCCUGUUAGACCCGACUCACAGCUCUGGUUGACCUCUCGUCUCCAUCACUGUGAAGAUUAUGUCAUAUUUAUGGUUCACAAAGGAUUUCGCAUCACGACCUGUGUGACCCGGACAGGCGACCACUGUCCCAGCAGUUCCCACUGGCCUCUGACCGAUGGAGUGAAAUCUGAAGGUAGAUGCUUUGGGGAAGGUGAAGCUCGGGGUGGAGAUGCUGCUGUCACACCACACUGAUAGAAGAUGAGACAACGGUAGGCUCUGACUAACAACUAAGCAAACGAGCAGACAGGAAGAAGCUCCUUACAUCAGGUGUGACUCAUUUAUAGGAACAGGUCCUGUUGGUUUAGCUGACUUCAUGUUCAUGGCUGUGUGAAUCUGUGGUUCUUUGUUUAACACGAGCAUCAGCAACAUAACAGUGUUACGAUGAUGUCAGUCUGAAACGAAAGGUGAUUGGUCGAUAACAGCAGGAGGAAUAAUGUCUGCUUCCUACGGACUGAUGACCACCAACAGCCCUUCUGUAAUGUGGAAGCAUGAACGUCAUAUGAACACAUGAAUAUGUGCCCACAUAAACAGACUAAGGCCGAGGGUGAUUUCCCUGUGACAUCAGCAGCAGCGCAGCGUGAAGGAUCUGAUCAGAACAGAGUUACAUGUUGGGGCGUGUGUUGCAUCGGCUUCUUUUAACAAAUUAGGUAACUUGAAGAAGCUAAUUGCUGUGGAUUAAAACUAAUCUCACCAUCCUGCAGGAUACACGCCUUUAAGGCCUCCUUUCUUGUGUUUUCGUUUCACAAUGAGCCGCAUGUUUUCAGUCUGGACUGCAGGAAUGUCAGUACAGUGUUUAUUUUUGUUCAGAAUUUCACCAAAUUAUCUGAUUUAUUUUACAUCAACCUCAGAGCCCACUGUCCUCGUCCUCAACCCUAGAACACUAACGUUAAAAUUAGUAACACCAUCACUAAUGUCGGGUUUAUUUAACCCGAAAUAAUAUCCCAAAUAAUAUAUAGUUUUCAUCAGCUUAUGUAAAAGUACAACACUGUAUGCCAAACUGUAAUUCUCUUCUCUAGUUUCCCAAUUUACAGAAUCACAUAAAAUAAUGAAAGGAACCAUGGGGGACCCUUUAGAAGUCAGCAAAAUUAUUGGAAAAUCAGGAAAUUCUUAAGGAGAAAAUUCCAAACAAAAAGAAAAAAUUGGAGCUGGGGACUUCUUCUUCAGUCCACCUAUUCCUGGGACGUGUAAGCCAUGUCUGUGAGGCACAGUCUUCCUGGAUCACUAAAUCCACCUGUAAAAGCAUCACUCUCUAUCACUAAUGUCUGGUGAAAAAAAAAACCUAGAUCACUGUAAACCCAAACUUUGAUUCAACUCAAAUUAUCUUGUUCACAUUACUUAACUGUUUCUAAAUUGUUAGCAUUACUUGUUAAUCCCGAGUUAGCUGAGCUGUUUCAUGUCCUUUCUUAUUGUAAUUGCGAUUUGAAGUUCAAUUAGAACUCUCUACUUAUACAAAUUGAGUUCAUAUUACUUAUAAACACGUACUUUUUAAUACCACGUAUAAAUUUGGGUAAACUGUACUUUUUAAUGGCCUAGCUUAUCGUACUUAUAUGUUUGAGCUCAAACUACUCAAAAUGAUCAAGUUUGCUCAAUAACCUGUUUCACACUGGUUUUGACCAGGUGCCAUUGAGGACAGAACAGAACAGAGAAGCACAGAACAAAGAGGAAGAACUCAGUUGCACUGAAGUUUUAACAAGCCAGUAUUCCACCCCAUGUUUGAAGCCUUAGGCAAAUUACCAGACAUUUACCAGCAAAGGUGGUUGUUUGUUGUUGUCAUGGUGGCGCCAUAAGUGAGGAGGACGGUUUAAAGAAAUGGGAACACUGUGCCAUUCCACUGUUAACAAAAAAUUGGUGGUUCACACUUAAGGUACUGGUCUCAGUUACUUGUGUCCAACACUCACUGACUGCUUGCAACCAUGUGAUGCAUGAGUUAGCCGGCAUCGUUCAGUCUCAGUUAAAAUCUACCAUUUUGUCCAAUUUGGAAAGCAGUGAUAUGUAAUAAACAAGCUGACAUAUAAAUGGGGGGUUUGUGUCAGCUAAGUAUCUUUAGUAACUGUAAAGCCUGAUUUAUGCUUCUCCGUCUGCGUCAGUGCGGAGACACGCAACGCCAUUAUCCAUCCUUGCGUAGGGAUCCAGCAGGCACGCAAGUACGUACGGAGUCGAGCCCACUUUUUUAAACAUCCGUCGAACGAAACAGAUUACGCAAGCUUGUGAUUGGUCAGUACGCCGCUGUUGUUUACAGCGCCGCCAUUGCCAAGAGAGCCGAGGAUAACUAGCGGCAGACACGGAGAAGCUUGAAGGAUACCUCGCGAAAAAACUUUAAAAUUAUUUAUGUUUAAUUCUCCCGUGACUGGAGGAGUGAAAAGAUGCGCAGCAAGCGUUUUAUUUGUGGACGGAAAUGACAGGAAACGUGGGUUUAGAGGUGGGGAGCGCAUGAAGAGGUGGAGGAGAAUGAGAGACAAAUAUGUCCGUGUUAAAAGUCUCUUAUAUACACAAAAACACAAUAUAAACACACGAUCUUGGACCGAUACUGUUUUUUUUUUCUUUUUGUUUUUGGUGCACCGUUCCUGGAGACACUGCAGCGCUACGCCCUCUGUUGUCCUGCCGGGGAAUUGCUUUGCAACACUCUCCAGGAGACGGAGAAGUAUGAGAGCAAAACGCUUCCGUCAAUCCGUGCGUGUCUGUCCCUUGCGGAGCUGACGGAGAAGCAUGAACCAGGCUUAACUGUUACUAGUACAUUUAACUUACAGACUCAAGUACAUUGAACUUGGUUUUCUGCAUGCUUUAUUAAUCAAAAAAAUUUAAGGCAACGAGUUACCUGGAUUUUUCAAGUAAACACUACUUAUCUGGGUCCAGAUUGAUGGGAGGAGGGAGACAAACACACCAUUAAUAACAUCAGUGAGCAGCCUGAGGCUGUGCAAGGACCCAUGCAACUCAGACAGCAGCAGCACAACAACCAACCAACGUCAGUGAUCUAGGGUUACGGGACACAAUGCUGCAUGUUUUAGUGGUUUCUUCUCGAACACACCUGAUGCACGAACCCAUCCCUCUCAAACAUUAGAGAAUAAGAGUACUGUUUUAGAUUUUUCUUUGCUCCUGCACACAUGAAUCACAUGAACAAAUGGCCUCGAGACUUUGCUAUUAAACUUUAACUCAUCCGUUAAUUUAAACCAGGUGUGCUGAAGGAGGGGAUUACCUAAAAUGUGCAGGAUAUUGGGAGCUAAAGACUUGGGAUCAGGAAAGUCUACACAUUUUAGCAGUUUCAAUUGUGAAAUAGUGUUUCAUUGUUGGUGAAACGCUGUCUGCUCCACUGGAUCAUGUAUGUUGCUCCUAGAGAAGCACUUUAACUGUAAGCCCAUUUUCUAAUUUAACUUCUGUAGAUUUUACGAGCUUUCAUCUCAUCAUAAUUUGUGUUUGGAGAGUUUCUAACAUUAAGAGUCAGUUAGACGUCCUGAUAAAUUGACCUUUUCAGGUUCUCUGAGACAGUUGUGCUGUGUCUGCCCAGUCCUGAUGACGCAACUCAUCACUGAGGAUUUCUGUCCAUCUUCUUCUGAUGCUUAUCUUGAUGUGGUGACGUCUGACAGUGCAACAGAUAGGUGCUCUGAGUGUGAACAGAGUGCUUGUUUGGGUCCACCCCCCCUCUCACGUGCCAUCUGCUCUUACCCCAGCCCUGGACCAGAGGAGACCUGUCAGCAUAGAGAUGUUUCUGUCCUCACCGAGCGUCCCACAUGCCUCUGUGCCCCUUCACUGUGCAAUCUGGUGCAUGGCACCGACCAGUGCUCGCUUACAGGCCCGCCACAGUCCAACAGACGGGAGAGAAGUCCGUUCUGAGAGCCAAGAAUCAGAACGUGUGCUUCCCUACCGCUCAGAGUCAGCUCAGUCAUGUUUCAGAUGUUUGAGAAAGACUCCGACCAGAGGGAACUUCUGUCCACUUGUUUAACUGAAACUUGUUUUAUUUUAAGGCCACAAAAAAGUCGUAUCAUCCUCCCUUGCCUAUUUGUGCUUCUGUGUAAAUGCAGCUCCACAGAAAUGCCUGAAUGCCCACACAGGUCAAGAUGCUGCAGAUAAACAAGAGAUGGCUUUUUGUCUCAGACCAGUCUUCUUCAGGACUCUCUGGCACCGUUUCUAGAAAAGAAAACUGCCUUUUUUCCCUGCAGGGUUUUCCUGAAUGAGUCCUAAUUUCCUUUCCUUUUCCAGAGCAUGCUAAGCGCUCUGCUCCAGAUUAUGUUCACGUACAUCCUUCCUGGAUUCCCGUUGAGUUCUGGGGCGUGUUCCAAACAUCUGGAAGUUUCUGGUCAUCUUCGGGGCAUCAUGUGAUGAAAAACGUGCCGCAUGCAAAAUUCAUAAAGAAACAACCAUUUCAUUCAGACUGGGCCCACAUUUUGAUGUCAUCGCACUCACUGGGAAAGGAACCAGCACAGAAAUGGAUCUGUACUGGGCUUUCACUCGACCCAAGGCUGAGAACAGAGCCGACUCUUCUCACACUCGACAUUUCAUGUGGCCUCAGUAAACGUUCUAACUCUCUCCUGCCGUCAUUAAUCUGAAGGUUUGUUUCCUCAGACUGGUUAGCGUUUGAGUUUAAUGCUGAGAGCCUGGCCUGAGCGCUGGAGUGGGUCAGGAGUGGGAGUCGUAUCGGGCUCAUUCAUUAUUCAUGCCACGGGUGGGCAGGGUGUAAGUGGCAGUGACAGACAGAAACUCAAUUACUGAUGUGUAUCAACUCGUCCAGGGUUCUUGACCUGAUAUUUCACGACUCGGGCAUUAAUUGCUGAAUUGCACAAACAAAAAUCAUUUCCUGGGAAAAGUAAUUGGAUUGUUGAUGCCUGGAGGGGGUCUGCAGAGAUGGAGGAGAGAAAGCUCUGAUUCGACUUUACAUGAGAGUAGGUGGCAGCCUAUGGAGACCAAUGAGAAGCUUAUGAGCGUCAUCAACAUCCCUCAGCAGCUGUUGCCUGUAGCAACCGCACCACUCAUGAGAGGGUUUACCAACAGAACUUGAUUAAUCAGACCGGGCUAGAUGAACUGUAAAGAUGAGGACUCUGGUUGGACCGGGGAUGCUGCUGCUGCUGCUGCUGCUUCUGUUGCAGAGCGUUUGGACUUUGGUCAUUCCGCCAGAGAUCAGACAACCACCCACGAUCAUCAAGCAGUCGAUGAUGGAGCAUAUUGUGGAUCCCAAAGAAACAAUGGUCAUAGAGUGUGAAGCCAAAGGCACCCCCCAUCCCAUCUUCUCAUGGAGGCGCAAUGGGAAGUAUUUCAAUGUGGCACGUGACUCCCAGGUAUCGAUGCGCAGGCGCUCAGGGACUCUAGACAUCUAUGCCCGGAACAAUCCAGAACAGUAUGAGGCAGAGUACCAGUGCAUUGCCUCCAAUGAGUAUGGAUCUGCAUACACCCACAAGAUCAGGCUACUGUUGUACAGAGCUCCUGUUUGGCCGCGGGAGAUUCUGGAGCCGGUGGUGGUCAGUGCUGGCAUGCCUCUGGUCCUGUCCUGUGACCCCCCACCAGGACCACCCAAACCAGAGACCUACUGGAUGUCCAGUUGUUCCUAUGCAAGACCUUUCAACUGGCCCAUUCAGACAGCCUUCCCCACCAUGCAGUCUGUGCAGCAGGACCGCAGAGUUUCCAUGGGAGUCAAUGGAGAUCUGUAUUUCUCCAACGUGCUGGUCAACGACUCCACUGCUGAUUACUGCUGCAAUGCUCGAUUCCCCUACAAGAAUAUCAUUCAGCAGAAGAUGCCCGUGGUUGUAAAGGUGCUCACAACACGCACCGUGGCAGAGGCCGCCCCCACCUGGCUGUCCCCCAAAGGCUCCUCCAGCUCCAUUGUGGCGCUACAAGGAGAAGAGCUGCUACUGGAGUGCAUAGCUGCAGGAAUGCCAGCUCCUCACAUCACCUGGACAAAGGAUGGAGACAACCUACCCAUAACAUCGCGGAUAAAAGUAAAAAACUUUAACAAAAUGAUCCAGAUUCCAAAAGCAUCUUUCGAAGACGCAGGAGAAUACAGCUGCACUGCUACCAACAAGAUAGGCUACAUCCAGCACACGAUAACUGUCAGGGUCAAAGCGGCACCUUUCUGGUUGGAAAAGCCUACAGAUUUGAUUUUGGCUCCGGAGGAAAGCGGACGGUUGGUGUGUCGUUCCGAUGGGGCCCCUCGUCCCACAAUCAGCUGGUUCAUAAAUGGAGAACCAAUCGAAGAAGCAAAACCGCAGCCUAACAGACAGGUUUCUGGAGAAACCAUAACCUUUCGUAGCGUGUCAGCUGAGAACACGGCUGUCUACCAGUGCAACGCCUCCAACCAGCUCGGGUACCUAAUGGCCAAUGCAUUUGUCAACGUGCUGCAUGCAACACCUCGUAUUAUCGGGGCCAGGAAUGAACUCAUCAAGGUGAUCGAGGGAAGUCGCACCUUCCUAGACUGUCGCUACUUUGGCUCUCCGGUUCCUGAGUUACGAUGGUCUAAAUAUGGGCAAGGGAAUCUGGAGGGAAAUCGUUUUAAGACCCACAGCAAUGGGACCCUGGAGAUCAAACGCAUAAAGGUAGAAGACCAGGGAACUUACCUGUGUGUGAUCAGCAACAUCGCAGGAAGAGAUGAGGAUCAAGUCCGAGUAGAGGUCAAAGAGGCCAUAACGAUCGUCACCAGACCACAGAGUAUGAAAGUCAUGCGUGGAAGUGAUGUUCGCCUGGAGUGCGGCGUAAAAGCAGACAUCACUACUCCCUUGACAACAACAUGGGUGAAAAACAGAAAGGACGUGACUUUUACUUGGAGAGUCUCUUUGGAUGAGUCCAACCUGGUGAUCACCGGUGUGAACAGAGAUGAUGAGGGAAAUUACACGUGUGUUAUCAAGAGUGAGCUGGAGCAGCAGUCUGCCUCGGCACACCUAAUGGUGAUGGACCGUCCAAGUCCUCCCACUGACCUGGAGUUGUCAGAUCCUUAUGAGCGGAGCGUACGGCUCACUUGGGUUCCUGGAGACAGCAACCACAGCCCCAUAACAGAGUAUUUAGUGCAGUAUGAUGAUGACGACUGGCUUCCGGGGAAGUGGAAAAACCUUUCGUCAUACCCUGGAAACCUUAAUUCAGUGGUUCUGCAUCUCUCACCUUUCACCUACUACGAGUUCAGGGUCAUCGCCAUCAAUGAAAUAGGCGGGAGUCGCCCCAGCCGUCCAUCUAAACGUUUCCAGAGCAGUGGUGCACCUCCGGAUGUCAUCCCAAAGAAUGUGAAAGGUGUUGGUACAUGGAGAAAUAACAUGGAAAUAAGCUGGGAGCCCCUGACCUACAGAGAGUGGAAUGGACCACACCUAAAAUAUCUGGUAUGGUGGAGAAGGAGAGAUUCCCGGGAAGAGUGGAAGAAUGCAACCACAAAGUGGCUGAAAUAUUACAUCUAUGAUGCAGAUACCUUUACUCCUUAUGAGAUCAAAGUCCAGGCUGUUAAUGAGUUUGGGCUGGGGCCGGAGUCUCCUGUGGUCAUCGGUUAUUCUGGUGAAGACCGUCCACUUGCUGCACCCUUGAACCUGAGAGUGUCUGACAUCGAGAGCACUCAGGUUACCAUACACUGGGACACAGUGGCACGUGAAUCCAUUAUGGGAGAGCUGAAAGAAUACAAGGUUUAUUACUGGAGGGACAGCAGUCAGCUAAGGUGGCUGAGGGUUAAUAGAGGGCUCAAGUCUAAAGUCUUUCCAGAAAAUGAUCCAGAACCCUCAGGGGUUAUCACUGGACUCAUCCCCUACAGCAACUACAAGAUGUACAUAGUGGUAGCAAACAGCCGGUAUGAAGGACCACAAAGUAAUCACAUAUACUUCUCAACACCUGAGGGAGUACCAUCAGCUCCAAAGUCCUUCAGAAUACAACAACGACAUCUGGACAGCAUUUAUGUGGACUGGGAGCUGCCAGAAGAGCCCAAUGGUAUCAUCACUGGAUACACUCUCAAGUACCAGACUGUGAAUGCAACCAGAGGAGAAGAGCUGAAAACCGAAGAUUUUCCUCCCAAUGUGACGAGUUUCUCAAUCCGGCGAUUCGACCGCUACACCCGUUAUCGAUUCUCUGUGGUGGCACAUACUCGGAUCGGAAUGGGGGAAUGGCACACGGAGGAGUCUCCUCACUACACCACAGAAAUAUACGCCCAAGACCAGGUGGACAUUUCCACUCAGGGUUGGUUCAUUGGGAUUAUGUGUGCCGUCGCUCUUAUCGUCCUCAUCCUACUCGUAGUCUGUUUCAUCAAGAGGAGCCGAGGGGGCAAGUAUCCAGUACGGGACAAAAAGGACAUUUCACUGGAGCCGGUGGAUGACAAAGAUCAAGAGGGAUCUUUUGAUUAUCGGUCCCUUGAAAGGAUCGCACGUCUCCCCACUCUGCCCUAUCCUCGGAGAGAAGACGAAAAGGGGAUUCAAAGAGCUCAGCCGUCUGUGGAAGCAAUGAUGAAGCGAUCGUACAGCGAUGACAGUCUGGUGGAAUAUGGAGACGGAGGUGAAAUACCUUUCAACGAGGACGGUUCAUUCAUUGGCCAGUACACAGGAACCAGGAGAGACGUCAGGGAGCUGGACUUUGGUGGAGGUCUAGAGCUCCACUCACCAAUGAAUACUAUCUAUUCCCUGGCAUGAAGCUAUAAUUUCUAAGACUUUCCUCUCCACGUCCCAGCUGUUGCCCUGUGACUUUAUGACGCUUGAACUCUGACUUGUGGAUCCAGAGGAAAGUCUGCUUGUGUUUCUGGGAGGAAACAGCUGGAGACUGAGCUGCUAUGGAACCAUUUUUCAUUCAGACUUCUCAUAUUUUAUAAAUCUGAGAAACUCUUUAAAAAACAAACUUGAGAUCAUCAUUUUGUGGAUGUGUUCAAAAAACUUCCAGGGGAGAGGGAGAUUCUUCUUGUUUUGUACAUAAUGUUGAUAGAUUCUAUCUUUGCAUGAGCUGAACUAUCCAGAUCGUCACACGAGACUGGAGCUCUAUCAUGUUACUCUCAUACUUGCAUAUUUUCCCUUCAGUUAUUCCAAUGAGGAGAUCCGUUAUUUUUGAACAUUUGCUCCAUGACUUAUUCGUUGCAUACCACAGCUAAAAAACCAAUCAUCAUGAAACUGAAUAUGGUCAUGGAUGGCUAUCGUGUUCUCUGAUAAACGACGGUACCUUGGAGGAGGAACAGGAAGUGAAACUCGUUGGAAAAUAAGCGUGAGGUGAAAAUUUAGCUUUUUUCCCCCCUGUGUCCUGUCCAGCUGUAAAGCAAUCAGAAUUGAUGGCUGAGUGCUAAAAGCAAGUCCUACAGUUUUACUCUCACAGGUGGAGCUUCAGCUACAGUGCCCCACCUCAUAUAAUAACUUUAUUACAAAUGCUUUUGAGAGUUUGAAAUGAAAGAGAAAGGGGGAGAGGAAAGAAAGGUGGGUGUGUGUGUGUGUGUGGGGGGGGGGAGACCUGCAGAAAGAGAGGGGGAAAAAAAGACCCAAAAAACAUCAGAACCAAGAUAUCACUGUGCCAAAAAGCAUAAGGAUACAUAACAGCAAACUUUUUUACUGAAAAGCACACAGAAAGUAUUAAUUCAUGGUGUCUUUAGUGCCAACCAGUAAGUAAGUCCAUACUUGUGAGAACACCAUGUGAACAACUGUGUGUUGAUAUAAUUGCAAGCCCCUAGGCCCCGACCGUAGCCACUCACUCCAGGGCAGGCCGAGGUUGGACCACAGUGGUCAGAGACCCAACAGAGCCCAAGGGCUCAGGCUCCACCAGACAGCUACCUGGAGCGAGCCGGCAGAUGCCACAACACCCAGCCCCAGACUCAAGACAGAUAGACCUGUCAGAUAGACAGCCACACACAAACACAGUCACACACUUCCACCCUCAUGCUCAAACUUGAACACAUCCGACCUAAAGACAAACAAGAAUGCCCAUCUUGCACCCACUCACACUCCCCAUUCACACUACACACUCUGGUCCAGGUACUGCUGCAGAGAGGGCUCCACCAUUCCUGGACCCAGCAACACACCACCCCAGACCCCAACUAGUUGGCCAGCUCCCACUCCUAGCCUCCAGCCCUGGGCAGCAAACUGAGAACAGAGACGUGCGAAGGUCCCUAGUCUCUCUCCUUCUCCAGUGUGGUGUUGAUGCAUGUUGUUAUAGAGUGCAUUUAAAACAGGUGGGGAGAUGGGGCAGUGAAGACACCCUCCAGCCUACACCAGCUGGUAUCAGCAUACAACCCUGUCUCCCCCCCAAAACCCUCAGUGUCUAGAUGCAGCUUAAAUUGGAAGUGGGCACCGGCACCAACGGCAAAGUGGGUGAACAGAUCCCCUACUUCCAGGUGUCUUUGAGUGUGCUCACCCCCAAGGCCCUAAGUGUGCAUUUGUGUGGAAUGCCAUUGGUAGAAGUGUUAGUAUUGCAAAAUAAAUUUGGGACACAGGCCACCAUGGGACUGCAGAAAUGGGAAAAAAUUCCCACAUCCCCUGAACAUUUUGCUUUAAAGUCAAAAGUAUCUCAUGAGCCAGUUUCCUGAUUUACUCACUCUGGCAAUUACUAAUCCAAGUUUAAUAGUGUUGACUACUAACAUCAGCAGUGUUUGGAGACAAGAUCUUCUUGGAUAAAACUUACAUUUUUCAUGCUUCAU